AUGGCUCGAUCAUGGCUAAGAUGUUUGUUGGGCGUUCUAGUACCAUCAGCGGUCUUUUACCUGUAUUUAUUGUUAAACGUUCCUUCAGCUGAAAUCGGUUCCUUCAAGCUCGAUGGGAAAUCGGGCUCGUUGUCUGCGAAUGAGAAAACGACUUUACGCGUUGAGGAACCUAAUGUCCGAGAGUUCUAUUUCGAAAGUGAUCGAAACGAGCCAAAAUGCGAGACCAUACACAUCGCGAUGGUGUGCGCCGGAUACAAUUCAACGUUCGCCCUGGUGACGGUAGUGAAAUCCGUUUUAUUCUACCGCACUAAACCUUUGCAUUUUCACUUGCUCGUCGACGAGCUUGCAAAACGAACUCUGACGACCCUGUUUCAAACAUGGGAUCUACCUCAUGUGAACUUAACGUAUUACAAGGCCGAACGAUGGGUGCCAAAGGUCUCCUGGAUACCGAACAAACAUUAUUCCGGCGUUUACGGUCUCCUGAAGUUAAUUCUGCCGGAUGCGAUGCGGGAGGACAAGGUACUGGUACUCGACACGGACGUAACCGUGUUAAACGACGUCAGUUUGCUUUGGCGGUUGUUCGAGAAAUUCACGAACGAUCAGGCCCUAGGAUUGACGGAGAAUCAGAGCCAUUGGUACAUAAAGGCUCUAUCUUACGGCCAAAGGCCGUGGCCGGCUCUGGGCAGAGGCUUUAACACCGGUGUGAUGUUAAUGCACUUGCAGCAACUCCGUAACAGAAAAUUUAUGACCCUCUGGGAGACAGUUACCAAGCGUGUGCUUGCCCGCAUACCGGAGACUAGUUUAGCCGAUCAGGACAUAAUAAACGCUGUUAUCAAAGAGCAUCCCUCUAUUAUAUAUAAAAUAGAGUGCACGUGGAAUAUACAGUUGAGCGAUCACACGAUCAGCGAUCAUUGUUACCGCGACACUAGUCAGAUAAAUAUCGUGCAUUGGAAUUCACCUCGCAAGCAAGAUGUAUAUAAUAAGCAUAUCAACGAGUUCCGCAAGUUGCACAAGAUCUUCCUCGAAAUGGACGGGAAUCUGCUACGCAGACGCUUGUUCGGUUGUGAUAAACAUGAAACCGUGUCCCAAUACAACGAAUCGAGUCCAUGUCGGGAUUUCACAAGAGGCGCGACCAUGUUGUACCGCACUCAUCCGUUUCUUCUGGAAUACGAAUAUAAUGUUUACGCGCAGGCGGACGUUGCUCUAGUAACUCAGUGUAGCGUGGAAAGAAUACCGUUACUGGAAGACCUAUCGAAACACUGGCCAGGCACCAUAAGCGUCGCACUUUACCUCACCGAUGCUGAAGUGCAGAAUUUCCUCGAGUUCGUGCGUCGCUCGGUCGAGCUGCGAAAGAGGAAGAACAUCGCGUAUCACGUUGUCUACAAAGAUGGGGACCUGUAUCCGAUCAAUUAUUUGAGAAACAUCGCGAUGUCAUACGUAUCGACUCCGUUCAUUUUUCAACUGGACGUUGAUUUUCUGCCGCAAUACGGGCUACACGAGAGCCUUAUGAAUUACAUCGGGAAAUUGAAUAUCACCGAGUCGGACAGAGUAGCUUUGAUCGUUCCCGCGUUCGAGACUGAACGUUACAGGUUCACGUUCCCGGCUGAUAAGGAUGAGCUGUUGAAGUUCUUAAAACGUGGUGUUCUGUACACUUUCCGGUACCAUGUGUGGACCCAAGGCCAUGCCGCCACAAAUUACAGUUAUUGGCGCAACACGAUGGAACCGUACGAAGUCUCGUGGGAACCAGAUUUCGAGCCCUACAUCGUGGUCUCGAGAUUGGCCCCUAGGUACGACACCAGGUUCGUUGGUUUCGGAUGGAACAAGGUUUCCUAUGUGACACACUUAACAGUAUUAGAUUACAAGUACAUUGUUUUGCCGGAUACGUUCAUUAUCCAUCGACCUCAUGCUCCUAGUCUCGACAUCGGAAAGUUCAGGACUGACUCUAUUUAUAGGAGAUGCCUGAAGAAAUUGAAGGACGACUUCGUGGAAGAGCUGUUGGCGAGAUAUGGCGAGAGCGCUCAAACGAAAUUGAAGAAAGUAACCAAAGAAGAUAAAAUAUCGAAACCUGUUGGAACCAAAUAAUUGACAAUAUUCGUAAUAUUUUAAGAGACUACAG